AUCACGACCGCCCCAAACAGAGGAGAAGUUGCUUAAAACUGCUGAAAGGAAGCUGACAAGACAUUGAGAUGUCAUAGGAAGCUUCCGAGUCGCUAUGGACAGGAUGGACGUGACCGAGGAAUUUGCUGGUGUUCAACUGCCGGGGCAUCUUCACACCCCAGAGUCCCUGCGGUACGCCCAAGAAUUCCAGUUCAGGGAAGGAGACAUGGUGAUCGUUACAUACCCCAAGUCAGGGACCACAUGGAUGCAAGAGAUCCUGACUCUUAUCUACAGCCAAGGGGAUCCAGCGAUAGCUACCGCCGUACCUAACUGGAUGCGCGCUCCGUGGUUGGAACAUACCUACUUCAAGGAUACCCUAAAAGAUGACGAAGGCCCCAGAUUCAUCACUACUCAUCUUCCGAGCAAUAUUCUAGCUCCAGCCCUGCAAAAGUCUAAAACAAAGGUCAUCUACGUAAUGAGGAAUCCCAAAGACGUGGCCGUGUCCUUUUAUUAUUUCCACAAGAUGGCCAAAUUCAUGCCAGACUCUCAAUCGUUUCCUGAAUUCCUAGAACUCUUCCUGGAAGGCAAAGUGUAUUACGGUUCGUGGUUCGACCACGUAAAAGGCUGGUACGGUCAAAAAAAGAACCUGGACAUAUUUUAUAUCACAUACGAAGAUAUGCAAAAGGACCUAAGAAGAUCGAUCAAGAAGUUGUGCGGUUUCCUUGGUUGUCCCAUGUACACGGAGGAGGUGGAUAAGGUAGAAGAACACUGCCGGUUUGCCGUCAUGAGUCAGAAUGUAAUGAUUAACUACACCCUUGUACCUCGGGACAUAAUGGACCAUGAGCAGAGCAAGUUCAUGAGGAAAGGGAUAGUCGGAGACUGGAAGAACCACCUGACGGAUGAGCAGAAUGAACGCUUUGAUAAGAUCUACAAAGAGAAGAUGGCGGAUUGUGAUCUACACGUUGUCUGGACUAUAGCCUAAACAAAGAGCGAUAAAGACCAAGGACUCGAACCAGCAGCGACUAUUUGCACGUGAGGGACGCACGAGAGACCAGUUCUGAAAGAUUUUAGAGUCCAUUGUGAGAGAUAAUACUACUGUCGCUUAGGGCUCAUGCACACAAACGUAUUUUCUUUCCGUGUCCGUUCAGUUUUUUUUGCGGAAAAUAGAACAUGUCCUAUUAUUUUCCACAUUACAGACAAGGAUAGUAAUGUUCCGUUCCGUUAAAUAAUGAAUGCCCACGGACGUCAUCCGUAUUUUUUGAGGAUCUGUGUUUUGUGGACCGAAAAAUACAUGUCGUGUGCAUGAGCCCUUAUUCUGGGCAAUGGACCAUGAAGCUGGAAUCCACUGGUGGCAAAACCAGCAAUUGCUUAAAGGGGUUCUCUGCAGAACGGGACCGAUAGUUUCCUUCCUCCGCGGUACUUUAGUGACUGCCGUCAAUAGUCCUAUCAUGACAACGUAAAGUCGGGGUCCCCAUCUCAAGGCUCUAUACAACGUAACGGCAAACUGGUCGCCUCUACUGGAUUUAUUCUAUUUAAUAUAUUUUACAAUGGCAAUAUAGCAAUCCAUUAUAUCCCCGUUAUUGCCCAUCGUCUUGUAUGUACCUUUUUAUGAAGCGCCUGUUCCACUUAUUCCGACACAGAAGUCAAGUAAAGCGAGUGAAGUGAAGAGCGACUUUUUUUUGUUCAGCUGCGGUUUUUGUCCGGCCGCCUCUCGGCAUGUUUGUUGUGCUGCUGCCGCAUCUCCCACCUGUCCCCAUUAAAGUGAAUGGGGCCGGAGCGGACUUCCAGCGCCAGAUCCUGCCGGAUCCUGCUAAAGCUAGUGUGAAAGUAUCCUUACAGAGAUCUCAUAGGGCCCCAUAGCAAACCAUAGUAUGGGCCCGCCCCAGCUUCACCCAGUUUUCCGGUAUGCAUGUGACCAUCCCAUCCCAUACCCCAGAUUUCUGAGAAAUUUGGUUUUUUUUUUAGGCCUCAUGCACACGACCGUUGUGUGCACCCGUGGCCGUUGUCCCGUUUAACGUGUUUUUCUGUGGUCCCAUUGACUUUCAAUGGGUCCG